AUGGCAAGAUCUCGCAGGAUUUUUGGUAAGAUCCCGGAGGAUCAUGGCAAGAUCUCGCAGGAUUUUUGGCAAGAUCAUGGCAAGAUCUUGCUGGAUUUUGGUAAGAUCUUGGAGGAUCAUGGCAAGAUCUUCAAUGAUUUGUGGUAAGAUCUUGGAGAAUCAUGGCAUGAUCUUGCAGGAUUUGUACCAAGAUCAUGCCAAGAUGUUACAUAAAUCCUGCAAGAUCAUGGAAAGAUCUUGCAUGAUCUUGCAAGAUCUUUCCAUGAUCUUGCAGGAUCUUACCUAAGAUCUUGCAGGAUCUUGCAAGAUCUUUCCAUGUUCUUGCAGGAUCUUACCUAAGAUCUUGCAAGAUCUUGCCAUUAUCAUGGCAAGAUCUUGCAGGAUUUGUACCAAGAUCAUGCCAAGAUCUUACAUAAAUCUUGCAAGAUCUUUCCAAGUUCUUGCAGGAUCUUGCAAGAUCUUGCCAUUAUCAUGGCAAGAUCUUGUCAUGAUCAUGGCAAGAUCUUGCAAGAUCUUGCCAUUAUCAUGGCAAGAUCUUGUCAUGAUCAUGGCAAGAUCUUACAAGAUGUUUGGCAAGAUCUUGCAAGAUCCUGCAAGAUCUUAGGUAAGAUCCUGCAAGAACUUGGAAAGAUCUUGCAAGAUCUUUCCAUGAUCUUGCAGGAUUUAUGUACGAUCUUGGCAUGAUCUUGGUAAGAUCUUGGGUAAGAUCUUGUCAAGAUCUUGCUGGGAUCUUGGCAAGAUUGUCAACCUGGGAAAACACAGAGCCUUCAUGUCUUGUAUAUAGAAAAAUCAUUUUUAGUUGAAUUAAACUUUUCUUCUUCUUAAUACUUAGUUAUGUUAUAAUCAUUACUUGUAAAUAUUCUAUUCGACUAUAAAAAAAAUAUUCUUAUGAACAUUGUAAAACUAGGGACCUCUUACCAAAAAGCCUGAAAAGGGUUUCAUUAAGAUCCCUAGCCCUUCACAUUGUUUUUAUAGCAUUGUAAUUAUGUAAACUUUUUACUUGGCAAAAUAAAUAAUAAUAAUAAUAAAAGGCUGGACUCUUGUUAGCUCCUAGUAUUUAUGGAGUAACAGACAUACCAUUUUUCAAAAUGUGAUUUUAUUGUGCACAUUCCUUCAUUUCAAUUGCAAAGCCCGCCGCACACAAGCGCACUUGUUGUGCAUACUUGUACAUGUUUGAUAUUUGGUUUACAUGUCACGAAUGACGAAAACACCGUAAAUGUUGCCCGCACACGAGGAAAUUUUGUCGAUCCAACUUGUCACAAAUAACAAGUACUCGCGACAAGUGCGGUGGGCUUAAGGUUAAAUGAAAUUUAUUGACAAAUACCUAGGUUGUUGUCAGGCAAAAUGGGGAAAAGCCAGCCAGAAAAAUGAGACAAGCUGCAAGUCUGUUGAAGGUGGACCACAAAAGAAACGGAAAGUUACUGACCAGUUUCUCUUGAAACUAUGUGGUGUGGAAAGUCAUGAAUUCCAUACAGCAGGAGAGGUAUACUAUUACCUUUUGUCUUUUUGUAGCUAUUAACUGACAAACAAAUUACUUUGCUUGUGUCAUAACACACAUCCAUACUCUUUGCUGGUGGCACCAUGGGUGUGUCGUGACACAAAAGUGCUUGUUUCCAAUUUUAAAUCAUGUGUAGCCAUUAUAACUGGAAAUUAAAUGCUAAAUGUGGUUAACCACACCAAGUCUUAUUCUCAAAUAUUUUUUGUGUCAAUCUUCUACAACUUCACUUAUAUUUGACACAAUGACCCAAAGGGUUUUUUAUAUCAAUUAGGGGCCAGGUCUACAUGAACCAAUAGAUCCACUUAUUGUGAAGAAAAUGAAAGAAAUGGAAGUUACUGGUGCACAUAGUGCAGUAGAGGUCCGGCUUCAUUUGCAUACAUUCAUGAGCUGUUUUGGGGCAAGGAUCUUCCAUCUGAAUGUUACUAUCCAACAGAUGGAUGGUGAUAUUUGA